GGACAGCGACUUUUCACACCUCUACAUCACAGGUCUCUUACUUUUUACUGUGGUUUAAAAAUCAGACUGUAAUUAAUUUGAAAUCAGUGACUUACCUUUUUAUUAUAGCAGUUUUUAAUAUUUGAGUGAUGGAUUACAGUCACUCUGCAUCAGAAGAGUUGUGCCCAGUCUGUGGUGACAGAGUCUCUGGAUAUCACUAUGGGCUGCUCACCUGUGAAAGCUGCAAGGUACUUUUUUUUUUUUUUUUUAAUCUUAGUAAGGUACUGGUUUUGAUUUAAUUAUUUAUACCAACAAUAAAUUUGAUAGGGAUUUUUUAAGAGGACCGUUCAAAACAAUAAGAGGUACGUGUGUGGAGAGACUGAGAGGUGUAGGAUUGACAAGGCCCAGAGGAAACGCUGUCCCUUCUGCAGAUUUCAAAAAUGUCUCAAAGUGGGGAUGCGACUAGAUGCUGUCCGUGCCGAUCGAAUGAGAGGGGGUCGGAAUAAGUUUGGACCUAUGUACAAACGAGCCCGUGCCCUCAAGGAGCAAAGAAAGGCUGAGGAAGAGGUUCUUAAGGUUACCCCUCAUGUUCAGACAGAUUGCAUUUACCCUGUCAGAUCUGGAACGGGCUGCCCUCCUUCACUAACAAUUACACCUGUCACUAACCAUGUUCACUCUCAGACCACUCACGGCACGACACAGAUUCUACAUUUCAGCCCUUUUGAGGACUACAGGGGGACACGAAAGUCUAGCAUUCCUCUGUUUGUGUUGGAGCUGGUGCGCUGUGAUCCCGAUGAGACUGUAGUACAGAAUAAGAUCAGGCAGAGUUUACAGCACCACAAACAUGGGUUGCUGAGCCUUUUCAGCCUCAUGUUCCUCCUGACUGAGCAAACUCUCCUCUCUAUGGUGGAGUGGGCCCGUACAUCUGCCUUUUUUGGGCAACUCAAGGUGAGUGACAAAAUGACGCUACUCCACAACUGCUGGUCUGAGAUGCUGCUUCUUGACCUCAUCUCCAGACAAGUCCUAAAGGGAAAAGAGGGUCGGCUUCUUCUUAUCACUGGACAUGAGAUUGAUCUGUCUGUGCUUGGAUGCCAUGCUGGUCCCAUUUUGUCCAGUCUCAUUAAAAUGGGUCAAGAGCUGAUUGGAAAAUUCCAGCUCCUUAGAGUGGAUCAUCAGGAAUUUGUCUGCAUUAAGUAUCUGAUUAUUUUCAAUCCAGGGAAACAGCUUGAAAACCGUGCAUUCAUUGAGAGGGUCCAGUGGCAGGUUCGUGAGGCUCUGCUGGAGUCUGCCCUGUCCUCCCAGUACUCGGGUCGUUUCACUCAGCUGCUGCAGUGUCUGUCUGAGAUACACUUUAUGAGUACCUUGGCCGAAGACUAUCUGUGGAGCAAACAUGAGAGCGGAGAGGUACUCUGCAAUAGCCUCCUCACUGAAAUGCUUCAUGCCAAGAGGAGCAACACAUAAAGGUGCUCUAUGUAGCUUUUCUAAUGAAGGGUCUGAUACCUGCUUGUCUGUAGGUCUUACUAUGUUAUGGCAUUAAACCUAUCUAUCAUCAUGGAUUCAAGUAGGGGAUGCCACCAGGUCCACUUACAGGCAGAUCUGUGGAAUACAUAUAAGAAAACAUGUUUUUUGAGAUAUUUUAGCUAUAAAAUCUCUUGUAAUUGAAUACAUGCAAAAAUAGAUCAUGUGCAACAAUUCAGGCAAGGAACGAUCUCCAUGGAUACGAGCAGUUACUGAACCUACCACCAUAAAAGUUACAUAGUGCACCUUAAAGCAAAUCAUUUUACAAUUGUUUCACUCUUAGUGUAAUCUAAUAAGUGUUUUACUCCUACUGUC